GUUGCGUUUAACGCAACGGUUGUGUACGCGCGCGCGCGCGCGCGAAAGUUAAGUAAACGCGCUCGGAAUAUUAUACGCCGCGAAUAGAUAUAACGCAGUGGAACCAUCGCGAUAUCGGAGAUGUUCCGUCGCAAGUAUUUUACUUUUGUGACAUUGUCAAAGGAUCUGUCAUUAAGGAUUUAUUAAGGGUUACUUAUCUUUCUUGUUUUUGUUUUAUAUAUAUAUAUAUAUAUAUAUAUUUUUUUUUAUCUAAGAAAAAAGUUGUGCAGUGUCUCGUUCAUCGAAGGGAAGAUUCGUUCAUUUUGGUUCGUUUUAAAAUUAAUCGUUCAACUUUUCGAGAAGACACACGUUAUUAUGAAGACGGAGGUUGAGGAUAUGAACGGUGAUGGCGUGUGCGAAGGUACUGGUACGAGUCUGGGCCCGACGGAAACCACUGGUGGCCUCAUCGGAUCGGACAUGUCUCCUGGUGUAAUGGAGUGCGGUGGAUGCGGUGAACGCGUCCGAGAACGAACUAUUUUGUGCGUUGGCGGGCGUACAUGGCACUCGAGGUGUCUUAGGUGUUGCGCUUGUGCCAGACCGUUGCACGAUCAACACUCUUGUUUUUUAAGGGGCAUGCGACUCUACUGCAGGCACGACUAUGCACUAACAUUCGGUGCUAAAUGCGCGAAAUGCGGACGAAGCGUAGGCGCAGGUGAUUGGGUUAGAAGAGCCCGAGAACGGGUUUAUCAUUUAGCCUGUUUCGCCUGCGACGCCUGUUCACGUCAAUUGUCGACAGGGGAGCAAUUCGCUCUCUUAGAUGCACGAUUACUCUGCAAAGCUCACUAUUUGGAUGUCAUCGAAGGCAACAAUACUUCAUCCGAUGAAGGCGGUGACUCCGAGAGCGGUCACAAGGGUGGUAACAAAGCAAAGAGGGUAAGGACAACGUUCACCGAGGAACAACUUUCUGUUCUCCAAGCUAAUUUCCAAUUGGACAGCAAUCCUGAUGGUCAGGAUUUAGAAAGGAUAGCACACGUGACAGGAUUGAGCAAGAGGGUGACACAAGUAUGGUUUCAAAAUUCUAGAGCGAGACAAAAGAAGCAUCUUCAUACGGGAAAAAUGAAAGGCCAGCAUGUACACCAAUCCCCGCCAAAUUCAACAACAUCACCAGCCGACUUUGGUCGACACAUCAAUUUACACCUGACUUAUUCCUUUCAACAUCAGCAACAUCAGCAUAGUCAGCAACCAGUGCAACUCAGUCCAGCCGUCUGUAAAAGUCCCACGCCUUCAAUCUAUCAUAAUCACGGUUCGGAACAGUCAAUGGAUGAACUCUCACAGGACUCCAUGAUGUUGUCGAUGCCGAACGAAGUAUAAUUAGCGCCGUUGGAUCGAUUACGUAUUUGUAAAUACUCUUUUUAUCUACUUCUUAUCAUCCGAAGAAACGUUAGCUUCAGUUUUAGCGCUAUUUCCGGAUGGGCCUUCCAACGGCGCGUUAUAUUUUAAUUUAUCUUAGAACUCGUCACGAAUCUAAGGUACACUUUCCAUCCUCUCUCUCUCUCUCUCUCUCUUUUUCUCUCAUUCUCUCAUUCUCUCAUUCUCUCUCUCUUUUUCUCUCUUUCUCUCAUUCUCUCUCUCUCUCUUUCUCUCUUUCUCUCAUUCUUUCUC